AUGCAAUCGUCCGAGGAUGAAGACGAGCGAAGUCACGACACGGCGGCACGCGUAGAGAGCGGUUCGAGACGCCGUCGUUCGCUCACGGGCCGCUUCACCGAGAGCGGCUGUAUCGUUCCGAACAAACCUCCACGCCAAAACGACGAUGGCCACUAUAUUCGUCCCCAGGGUCGCACCCCCUUUAAUAUGGAUUGGGACCAUGUAAAAGGACUUUGGACUCCCACGGAGGAUGCGAACUCGUUUUCCUCCGAGGACGAAGACGAAUACGGUGACGAAGAUAGUAGUCACGAUCACGACUCUGUUGCGACGACGGAAUUGGAAGGAGGAUCUUUCUUCAAGAAGCAAAACCCCGGGUCGAAGCAUACGGCAUCCUCCGACUCGAGUGACGAUGAGGAAGGAUACUUUCAUCCAAACUCUGAUUAUCAGGAGCCGGAUCGCUUGGAUGAACUCACACUGUUUGAGCUGCAUCGAAGGCCUCGUCCUCUGUUGACUGGCCGAAUUCAGCGGUCUUUGAAGGCUCUAAAUGCUGAGUUCCGAUGUGCAAUCUGUUUGGACUAUAUUCGAAGUACUAGGACAGUGGUAGAAUGCUUGCAUCGGUUUUGUGAAGGUUGGUAUCUGCCCGACACUGUAUUGAAAGAUCAUUGCGUAUGGGCCGGAAUGAGUGCCCCAUAUGCUGUUCCAUCCAAACGUAGUCUAGCGGCCGACCCAGAUUUUGACCGCAUAGUAAAUUCAAUAUUGGGGGACCACGUCUUUGCGGAGGACCAAGAUGGUGAAGAAGAAGAGGAUUCAAAACCAGCAGCGGUCGAAAAGUCUACCCUUCAGCAGGCAAUUCAUCGCAAACGAAGCGAGCGAGCGCUACAAACGGAUGACAGUCGAGAGGAACAAAAGGACGAAGCGCCGCGACAAAUAACGAAAUCCUGUUCGCAUUCAAUCGUGGGCUUGGAAUUAAUUCGCGCUAGAGGGGAAACGCGGGUAGAUUCUCUGGAACUACCCUUCCUACGGCUGAGCGGCGAAGCUACGAUUGCUCUUCUUCAUGAAUUUCUGAAGCAGAAGCUGGAAAAAGUUGACGAGAUUUUUGAGAUAGUUUCUACUCGUGGACAGGUAAUUCUCCAGGAAGAAUGGAGUUUGGAGACCGUCUCCAAGACGCGAUCCCUUCACAAACGACCGGAUCGUGACUAUUUGAAGCUCUAUUUUAGACUAAAGGCGAAACGGAUAAGACGUUCAGAGGAGGACUAG